UAUGGCUCACUUCCAUCUGCUUUGCAGAAUCUGACUUCCCUGGUUUCUCUCGACCUUUCACAAAACAAGUUUGAUUCUGUUCCGGGUUGGUUAGGUGAGUUAAAGGGUCUUCAAUACCUCAAUCUUUCAAGUAACGAUGUCAAUCAUAUUGAGGGAUCUCUGGCAUAUCUUCUGGGAAACUGUUGCCAUCUUCAACAAUUAGAUAUGUCAACAAACAAAAUUCAAAGUGAUGCACUUGGAAACCAUACGCAGUUUGAAUGCAUUAGGCACGAUUUAAUGUACUUGGAUUUAAGUCACAACGAAUGUAAUGGUCCUUUGCCAGCAUGGUUGGGACAGCUUGAAAAUCUAAGUUCAUUGAUUAUGACUGACAGUAACUUGGUGGGAUCACUUCCUUGUGCUAUAAUAACAAAACUUGUCAAUCUGAAGACUUUGGUGCUUUCCAACAAUAACUUCACCGGUUCUCUUCCUGACUGUAUCGGGGAACUUGUCAGUUUAAAGAUUUUAAUUCUUUCUUCCAAUCAUUUUGAUGGGAUCAUUCCAAGGAGUUUAGGGAAACUUGUAAGCCUAACAGAUAUAAAUCUUUCACGAAACUCUUUAAAUGGUAGCAUUCCUCACAAUAUUGGUCAGCUUCAAAAUUUGUCCACCCUCUAUUUUUCUGAAAACAAGUUACACGGAAGCAUUCCUUUCAGUCUUAGUCAGCUUGUAAACCUUCAGAACUUAGACAUAUCCCUAAACCAUUUGGAGAAUUUGGUGUCUGACAUAAGAUGGCCCAGGCAACUUGUCUACUUAAAUCUCACCGAUAAUCGUAUCAGCGGGUCACUUCCCCAAAAUAUUUCUGAUAGCUUGCCCAAUGUCGGUUACAUGCUUCUUGGAAACAACCUUAUAAGUGGUCCCAUUCCAAACUCAUUGUGCAGAAUAGGCUCCUUGUACAAUCUUGACCUUUCAGGAAACAUGUUAAUUGGUGAAAUUCCUAAUUGUUGGAGUGUUACUCAAAAAAUCGGUGUCAUAAAUUUGGCAUCCAACAGAUUAUCCGGUGUCAUUCCUAGCUCUCUUGGUAAUCUACCCACGUUGGCAUGGUUACAUUUGAACAAUAACAGCCUUCAUGGGGGCUUUCCGUCAUCUUGGAGAAAUUUAAGUCAACUUUUAAUUUUGAAUGUUGGAGAUAAUGAUUUGUCUGGGAUUAUCCCUUCAUGGAUGGGGAAUAUCUUUUCCUCGAUGCAGAUUCUAAGGCUACGGCAGAACAGGUUGAAUGGAACAAUUCCUUUACAACUAUGCCAACUUUCUGCACUGCAAAUUUUGGAUCUUUCAAACAACAACUUGAUGGGUCCAAUCCCUCAUUGCAUAGGAAAUCUCACAGGUAUGGCCUCAAAAAAGAAUAGUUCUGUAAAUCAAUCUAACAGAACUGUUGAAUGGUAUGAACAAGACGUUAGAGUGGUCAUCAAAGGAAGAGAACUUGAGUAUACCAGAAAUCUAAAACUUGUGGUAAACUUGGACUUGUCAAAUAACAAUUUGGUUGGAUCUAUUCCAGAAGGAAUAACAUCACUUCGUGCAUUGCAUGGCCUAAAUCUAUCACACAAUCGUUUGUCAGGACAUAUCCCCAAAAGAAUUGGAGACAUGAAAUCACUAGAAUCUCUUGACCUCUCUCAUGACCAACUUUCUGGUGCAAUUUCAGAAAGCAUAACUAGUUUAACUUGGUUAAGUUACUUAAACUUGUCCUACAACAACCUUUCAGGACAAAUCCCCCAAGGACCUCAAUUAUCAACCCUUGAGGAUCCUUCUAUUUAUGGUGGAAACCCGUUUCUGUGUGGACCUCCACUUCCGAAUAAGUGUUUUCAUGAUGAUUUCCAAGGAGGUGAUGAAGAUGAAGAAAAAGAUCACAAAGAGGAUAAAGUAGAGAAAUUGUGGUUUUACUGUGUCAUUGCACUUGGCUAUUUUAUGGGAUUUUGGGCUGUGACGGGAAGCUUGUUGUUGAAGAGAAGUUGGAGACUUGCUUACUUUCAAUAUAUUGAUGAGUCAACACAGAGGAUAAAUGAAUCAUUGACAAUACAUUUAGCAACUUUUAAGGAAAGAUUGACAGGAAUAGUGAAUCGUGGUGCUGAGUGACACACUAUGGUAGUCUUUAUCCAUUCUGUCUCUCUUUUGUUAUUGGAAGAUUUCACGUUUAUUUUGCUUGAUAAAUAAUUACUUGGACUUUGUAAAAUAGGAAUAAAUGCAAGUUGUAGAAUUUAUAGUUUAACUAAUAGUUGCUAAAAUAUUGGAAAGUGUAUCCUUUUCCAAUUCCCAAAUAAUCUGAGUCAUACAACCUCCCCUACACUCAUAAGAAAGGUUGAUUUUUUUUUAAU